CGCGCGGACGGUGAUUCCGGAAGAGGCGAGAGUGCGGCGAGAACAUGGGAAAGCAAAAGAAAACGAGGAAGUAUGCGGCCAUGAAAAGAAUGCUUAGUCUGAGGGAUGAGAGACUUAAAGAAAAGGAUAGGUUAAAGCCUAAAAAGAAAGAAAAGAAGGAUCCCACUGCACUGAAGGAAAGAGAAGUCCCCCAACAUCCUUCCUGCUUAUUUUUCCAAUAUAAUACACAACUGGGCCCACCUUACCACAUCCUGGUUGAUACCAACUUUAUCAACUUUUCCAUUAAAGCCAAACUGGACUUAGUACAGUCAAUGAUGGACUGUCUAUAUGCCAAGUGUAUCCCCUGCAUAACUGACUGUGUAAUGGCUGAAAUUGAGAAAUUGGGGCAGAAGUAUCGAGUGGCUCUAAGAAUCGCCAAGGAUCCACGAUUUGAACGAUUACCAUGCACACACAAAGGAACCUAUGCAGAUGACUGCUUAGUUCAAAGAGUAACUCAGCACAAGUGUUACAUCGUGGCUACAGUUGACCGUGACCUUAAAAGAAGAAUUCGGAAGAUCCCUGGAGUUCCUAUCAUGUACAUUUCUAAUCAUAGGUAAAAAAUUAUGCGGAGGCAUAAUUUGGGA